AAUCGACGAAAAACAAAAAAUUCAAGAGGCUCCGUCGAUUUUCAUUGAAAAAACCUGAAAUCCCGUCACAUUAAAAGCUCAAAAUGGAUCCAGCGUUGUUGCGAGAACGUGAGCUUUUCAAAAAGCGAGCUCAUGCGUUGCCAACUAUCGAGAAAAAGGUCAAAGAAUCGUCAAAUGCGUCGUCUGCUACAUCUUCCAAAGAUGCUUCGAAGCCCAAAUCUCGUCCUUCGUCGAGUGCUGGGCCUCGUCUCGAUGCCACAAACUACAAAACGAUGACCGGAAGUUCCCAAUAUCGGUUCGGAGUCCUUGCUAAAAUUGUCAAACACAUGCGAACGCGACAUCAGGAAGGCGACGAUCACCCGUUGUCGCUCGAAGACAUCCUCGACGAGACAAAUCAACUCGACAUUGGCAAUUCCGUGAAGAAUUGGCUGCAAAACGAAGCUCUGCGAAACAAUCCAAAGAUCGAAGUGACGCCCGAGGGCGAAUUUGUGUUCAAGGCUGUGUACAAAUUGCGUGACGGCAAGAGUUUGAUCAAACUUUUGCGACAUCAAGACCUCAAAGGUAUUGGCGGCGUGUUAUUAGACGAUGUACAAGAGUCACUGCCACACUGCGAGAAAGUUUUAAAGGCGAGAGCGAAUGAAAUUAUCACAAUUACGAGACCGAUUGACAAGAAAAAAGUACUUUUUUAUAACGAUCGAACGUGUAAUUUCUUCGUCGAUGAGGAAUUUCAGAAGCUGUGGCGCGGAGCAGCUGUUGAUGCCAUGGAUGACGCCAAAAUUGAGGAAUAUUUGGAGAAACAAGGCAUCAGGUCGAUGCAAGAUCAGGGUCCGAAGAAGCCAUUAGUGCCGAAACGCAAGAAGAAUCCCAUUAAGAAAAAGACUUUCAAGAGACCUCGUGAUAAUGAGCAUUUGGCUGAUGUGUUGGAGACGUACGAGGAACAAUCGUUAGGAGCAUCCGCGAAUCAUACAGCGGGUAGUAAAAGUUAAGAGAAAAAUUAAAAGAAAAUAAAG